AUGACCCACAAAUAUCAAAAUUCAAAAAGAUUGAAAAGCAGCAAAUACCCUUCUUUUCCUAAACCAGGAAUUUUCAUCAGUUACAGUUCCUUGGAAGAAAGAAACUGCCCCGUCUCUAACACUGCUUUGCUGGGCCUUUUUUUUUUUUUUUUUUCUCCAUAUGACAUAACCAAAAGUGGACUUUUACAAAGUUCCUGUUUGUUCUAUCUGGUGUAAGUGAAUCAUAAAUGCAGAUUCCAGAUUCUUGUGAACGUGAAAAGAAUCUCUUCAACAAGUAGAGUUGGAUCUCUAUGACUUUUAGCUUUCUUCUUCUUUUUCAAUUGAUUGUUAUCCCUGCGUCCCACAGAGAUGCUUUUCUGCACUUUCGAUUGUUCUAAACACAGCUUUUUGAUUUCGAUUGCUGGCUUUGACUUGCUACGCUGCACUCAUACUCGAGAAUAAUUGAUUUAAGUUUGGUGUAAUAGUUCAUACUCGACGAUAAUUGAUUCGACUGUUAGAGUGAUGAGGUUUAGUUCAUGCCGUUAUCAUUGGAUAUUAAGCAGCUUUAAGUCCUAGAAGCUGUACGAGGCAUUUCACAGAGAGCAAUUAUGGUUUUCCCUGAUGAGGCUUCUCAAAGGCUUGAGGGGAAGUAUGCUGCGUUGGUUGUAUGUUGGCUUCUUGGAAAUGGCUGUCUCUUUUCAUGGAAUAGUAUGCUGACAAUAGAAGAUUACUAUGGUUAUUUGUUUCCGCAUUAUCACCCCUCAAGGAUCCUUACUCUUGUUUAUCAGCCAUUUGCACUUGGAACACUUGCAAUACUGGCUUACAACGAGGCAAAAAUUAACACUAGAAGAAGGAAUCUAUUUGGAUAUACCCUGUUUUUCUUAAGUUCCCUUGCGGUUUUAGUUUUGGAUUUAGCUACUUCUGGAAAAGGAGGAAUUGGAACUUUCAUAGGAAUUUGCGUCAUUAGUGGUGCGUUUGGGGUUGCAGAUGCUCAUGUGCAAGGUGGAAUGAUUGGAGAUCUCUCCUACAUGAAGCCUGAAUUUAUUCAAUCGUUUGUUGCUGGUUUGGCUGCAUCAGGGGCUAUUACCUCUGCUUUGAGGUUAAUCACAAAAGCGGCAUUUGAGAAUUCGAAGGACGGUCUUCGCAAAGGGGCCAUUCUAUUCUUUGCCAUCUCUGCAGCUUUUGAGCUUCUCUGUGUUCUUCUCUAUGCAUAUGUAUUUCCAAAACUACCCAUUGUGAAGUACUAUCGCUCAAAGGCAGCCUCCGAAGGAUCUAAAACUGUUGCAGCUGAUCUGGCUGCUGGUGGCAUCCAAACAUUGCCCCAAAAUGCUGAGAUAGAUCCGAAACACCAGGUACGGCUGAGCAACAAAAAGUUACUACUUCAGAACAUUGAUUAUGCGGUCGACAUGUUCCUGAUAUAUGUGCUGACAUUGUCCAUUUUCCCGGGAUUCUUGUCAGAAGAUACUGGAAAACAUAGUUUAGGUACCUGGUAUGCGCUUGUUUUGAUAGCAAUGUAUAAUGUCUGGGAUCUUAUUGGGAGAUACAUUCCUCUAGUAAAAUCCUUGAAGCUGGAAUCACGGAAAGGUCUCAUGGUAGCAAUACUUUCUCGUUUUUUGCUCAUCCCAGCAUUUUAUUUCACAGCUAAAUAUGGUGAUCAAGGCUGGAUGAUCAUGCUAACAAGCCUUUUGGGCCUAACUAAUGGAUACCUCACUGUCUGCAUCCUAACUUCUGCACCCAAGGGCUAUAAGGGACCUGAGCAGAAUGCAUUAGGAAAUUUGCUUGUUUUGUUUCUCCUGGGAGGUAUCUUCGCAGGCGUCACGCUUGACUGGUUAUGGCUCAUAGGCAAGGGAUGGUAAACUUUGGUUCUCAGCUGGUUUUAGGAAUGAGAGACAUGUUUCUCAUUUAUAGAAUGGUGAUUUUUAGAAUGGACAAAAAUAAUGAUUUAUCUGUUUCAAACUUGGUGACAUGGUGAAAUUUUUCAAUAGUUCAGAACUCUAUGCAGCAAUGCUUAAAUUUCUUGUUCUGAUAGUGCCAAAUUCAGAUUGCUUCGUAAAUUCCCUUGUAUUUAUCAACUUCAUGCUUAAGAUUAGUGAAUGUUUCACUGUCUUUUAUUAGUCUAUAUAAAUAUCAAAACUUAUGCCAAGUGGGCUCAUGAAGCCCGUA